AUGCUCGUAAUUACAGAAAACACAUUCGAAAAAACCAACAACCCAAAGUAUCCAAGAGGGAGCAAAGUGGCAAUCAAAAGAAACAACCCCCAAGUGAAAGUCAUAUCAAGUAGAAUCACCCCAUAUUGUGGAGACAUAACAAAAGGCAAAAGAGAGUUAAUAAAAACACGUAAGUUCAUAAAGGAAAGUUAUAAGAUAAAGUACCACCAUUAUCUAUAUGCAAGGAAACAUCUAUGCAAUGGAAAACAUCAAAGGAAGAUUAAACUUUUUUCCAUAGAAAAGACAAAAAAUUUAAACCAUUUGGAAAAGUUCUCCAAAACUAAAAAGAAAAAAAAUCAAGUCAUAGCAAGGAGAGUUAACUAUAAUGUUAUCUUAAAAAAUUCGUAUAUAAAAAAUGUCCCAUAUGAAACGAAUUCCUUUUUAGUUCAUUUAAAAGGAAGGAGAAGGAAAAGCCACAAUAGGAGAAGCGCUCGAAAGGAUUGUUCAGGCGUCCGAGAAGUUGCUUUGGAGAAGGCUAAACAUACACGUGGGAGACAGGCCCCUAGUGUGCAUCCACGAAGAGACGCAUUUCACUUUAAGGUAAAAACAAAUCACCACCAUGUAGCUAGCCAAAAUGUCACAAAGAAUCAACUGUCUGAUUAUGUAGAAGUAAAUAGUGCAGAUCUAGAUGGCGUAAUUGCGAAUAAUUCCGCGUUAGACAAGUUCACUGUGGUCGUGAACAGGGAGAGGCAACACCCCACUUGGCAUCUAACUAGGAAUCUAAAUAGGAAUCUAACUAAGAAGGCACUUCUCAACACACGUAGCAUGCGAAAAUUAACAACAAAUAGUUUAAUAGAUUCAAUUAUUAGUUUAUCAAAUGAUCUGAAUAAGACAAGCGAGAAAAAAGAGGACGCCAAAGAUGAGUACGAUAAAAGUGUACUACACUAUGUGCACAAAAUUUUGAGUGACCACAAUUUCGAUUACGACAUCGUUAGCAGUGUAAAUAAGAACGAAAUAAGGGAGUUUAAAAGGAAAAUAAAAAAAUACAAAGACAUACCAAACUUUUAUUUUAGAAAACUGUUUAAUCAUAUAGGGGAGAAAAACGAGAGCAGUCGUAUGUGCCGCAACUAUUUCCAUACCACACACUGCUAUAAUAGUGAUUAUGACGUUCAUUACCAUGCUAGAGGCAGAUCGAAUAGUUGUAACAGACGAAAUCAUGAACGCAUACAUGAUGGGAAGGAGGAGAGAAAAGGAAAAUAUGCCUCCCCUUCACUUUACACACACCAACGUUGCCAUUCGGAUAAUUAUUUUUCAGAAAAGAUAAAAAAAAAAAAGAACAACAAAAGGAAGAAGCGGAAUAGGAGUCACGUUUAUCACCCUGUCAACCCUGUUGAGCGCGCAAAUUUGAGCAAACAAGAGGGGAGUAACUCUCUCAUGAGAAGGAUAGAGACAGGGACAAGGACAGACACAAGGACGACAAGUAAGCACCUUACCAAUUUGAAGCCUCCUUUGAACCACCAAGACGUGGGCGCCAGGGGUGACCACCCCAAAGUGAGGAAUGCAUCUGGGAAAGAAGGAAUAGUAGAGAAGAAGACACAUGUGGAGGAAAGAGCAGACAGCGGUAUUUAUAGCAACGCCAGUGCUACUGUCACCGCCCCAUGCAACCAAAUCAAGCACGGGAAACAGGAGAAAGAGAACACACUGUUACGUGUGACGAGCGCACCAAAUGGCGAUAAAAAUAAUCUUCAUUCGGACAGAAAACCGCUACACUGCGUCAAAAAAUGCACGUCUACGUUUACAGACCCGAAGAAGCAUAUCCCCAAAAGGGAGAACCUCCCAAAAAGAGAGAACCAUUUGGACCAUACGUUGGAGAAGGACUGCCCAUCAAUAGAAAACACACACUCAGGUAAAUAUCCCGAGACAGAGGAAAGGAUUCACCAAAUAGAUUUAAAAAAGGAAAAUUCGACAGAGUGCAUUGUGCAGAAAAAAUGCAGUGUCCAGGAAAAUGUGCUUGUGUGUAAUGGGAAAAAGAAUCUGCACGAAAGAACAUCUAACUUAAGCAGCUUCAAAUUUUCUGAAAAUGCGGAUAGUAGUUGUAUGCUUUCGAAUGUAGCCAAUGCGAGUAUUGCCCCUAGUGUUAUGAGUAGCGCUACUGGUACGCUUAGGAAAAAUCCCUUCGAAGGGGUCCCCGGGAUUGUUACGCAGUAUGCACCGGUUCAUAUGAAUAGCGCUGACCGGAUCAGAAACGAUGAGUGGAUAUUUAGCACUAGUGAGACGCAGAAUGAUCGCAGUGCCAUCCCAAAUGAUAGGAAAGAAGAGGCCAAUUCUAGUUGUAGUUGUAGCUGUGGCACUUCCGCGAACGUGCCCAAUGAGUGCACAUUUAGCCUGAACAAUGUUAAGAGAAAUGAUUCGUUUGUCAAUUCUACCGAUGCUAAUGCUAGUAACAACGUAUAUUUCAGUGCAGACAAUAAGAGUAGUCACAGCGUCAGCAGCCUCCACGGCAACAAUAUACCGUGUGUGAGCAACUGGUGUCGCAGUUUUUUCAAAACCAGCUACCAGCAGCAGAAUAUUACUUCUACCUUGAGCAGUUCAGUCAGUAGGCAUCGUAAGGAUAGAUGUGGCGCUGCACCAUCGGUAGGAAUCCUUAACCGGGGAGGUGCACCCCAAGGCAAAGAGACCAACGGUGAUAAUUCCGCUAUUCCUAUUGUCCCUUUUCAGCGAAGCGUCCAGGGGAAAGCUGUAGACGCUGAUGGUGGUGCCGCUUAUGGUCCUGAUUGCGGAGCUCGUUCUGGUACUCGUUCUGGCGCUGCUGCUCGUGGUGAUGCUCGUACUGAUGCCGGUGCCGAAAGGGACAAUACGACAGAUAAGCGGAAUAUAAGAAGAGACCCCUCCGAAUUGGCAGGAAACAAUUUGGAGGACCAGAAAAGUCUGAGGUCAAGCGUAAACUCGCUAACCAGCGCGGAGCUGAUCAAAACGCCCGUGGUAUCAAAUAUACAGAACAGCCAUUUUGAGCGAAUUCCCAAGAUAGACCAAAGGGAUAGCACCUCCUUCUGCAUCUUCAAGAGGAAAAACAGAAGGGAAAGGGCGUCAAGUAGGACCCCCCUAAUUAGGACACCCCUGAUUAACACCCCGCUGAUUAAGACUUCGCUAAUUAACGCCCCUCUGAUUAACACCCCCAUAAUUAAAAUCCCCCUAAUUGAGACCCCCCCAAUUGCUGACAUUCCAAGUUUUCGCAACAGGGCUAAUGAUAUUGAUUUCCUAGCAGAGGGUACAAACAGGGGAGACAAUUUUCCUUACAAUAAUAGAGACAAAAAAAUGAAUAACAAUGAUGAUCAUAAUUUCCUGGUUGAAGAAUGCCUGAAGAAAUGCAUGAAGGAAAAUGCAUCAAAAUUUAGAACGAAUGAAGAUUAUGAAAGGUACUGCAAUGAAGACAAGAUUCUAAAUCCGGAUUACAUUCCACAAGAGUCGAAAAGGCUUGGUGAAAAAUUUUUACAGAAUCAGAAGGAGAAGUUUGCAUCUUAUGGCAACUCCAGUUUUCAUUAUCAGCCCUAUAUGAGCAAUGCAGAAUGUGGAAAUAGCUGUUUUAAGCAGGACCAACCUGGCUACAACCCCUACAAUGAUCCGAACGGGAAUUUUAUGAAUAAUAUGAAAAUUAACGUAUUCAACAAUACCGCUUCUCAGAAUACGUCUAAUAGCACGUUUAACAACGUCGGGAUUUACAGCAACAGUCAUAUAAAUUCUAUCAAUAAGGAGUAUUACCUGAAGAAGGGAAAUGACUACAGCAAUGAUGUUUUCAUAAAAUACUAUGAGCAGUAUGCAAAUAAAGACAAUGAUAAGAAUGAGGCAAAGAAAUUCAACUACACCGAUUGCUACGAUUUUAAGAAUACCCUUCUUAAUGGACUAAGCAGAGAAGACAGUUUCGGCUCCGAUGAUGAUCUAAAAAAUGAAGACAAUGAAAUGAACUUUCUCAAAGAUUCGUUAAACUCUUUUGAUAACUUAGAAUCUACGGAGAAAAAAUAUGAAGAAAUAUUACGAGACUUUAACGGGAAAAUACCUCUAUUGCAUAAGGUGUUGAAACCCUUGCCAGUGAAAAAUCGAUCAAACAAUUUUGACAUUUGUCUGUACCUACUGCAGAAGCAUGGAGGAGAUCUAAACAAUGAGGAGAAUAUCUGCAUCUUAAGGGACAAAGAAAUUGUCCAGCAUAGUGCCAUUUAUGAUGCUAAAAAAGGCUGCAUAAAAAGUAAUAUAACAAAUGUGACAAAUAUAAAAUUGUACCACCCCAAGUGGCAUAACAAGAAGAAGAUUCUGGAAAGGUUAAAAGAACAGAGCUGUUUUAAUCCCUUCACGAUAUUCGGAUCUGCUCCGAGUCUUCUCGAUUUUGAUGAAGUAUUUGACAAAGAUGUGUAUAACAAUUUCGUUUCAAGGAAUAGCCGUAAGUCCCAUUCUUUGCUGCGCAUUCUAGCAAAACAGAAAGUGAUUAACAAUCUGAAUGACAAGAUAACGGAUAAGGAAUGGCCACAGGUUCACUCCUAUUUAAAAAAAAGGUGGAGUAAAGAAACAAACAUUGAACUGAACUGGGCAUGCGACCCUUUACUUUAUGAAGAACUGGAGUGGUAUCUAAGCACAAAUAAUGAAUACCUAAAUAUGACUGACAAAGUAGCGGAUAUUGAAGUCUGCUACUGCCCCACUCUCAAUCCUAGUUCGUAUUAUGCAUGGAAUGACUCCAGGGUUAUAUACACCAACCUGUGCUACAACAAAUCGAAGGAAGAUGGUGAGGCCAGUAGCCAUUCUAUGAAGGACAAAUAUGCAGGGAACAGAAACCCAGAACUGAAAGGUAAAGAUAAGCAGGUCUCCUUUAGGAAGAGGGCAAGCGGAUGUGAGCACCUCAUGUUUCAGCAGAACCUGAUGAAACAGAAGAAGUUAUCCAAACGGAAGAAAAAGCUCCUGAAGAGGAAGAAAAAAAUGCUCAAGCUCAAGGAGAAGAACCAAAUGUUCAGGGAUCAGAGUAGACGGUUAGCCGCGAACGAGGGGGACGCCGCCGAUGUGGAAGGUGUAGAUGUAGAAGCUGUAGAUGUAGAAGCUGUAGGCGUCAAAACGGCAGACGCAGCCGACGCGGCCAACGCGGCAUCGUCGGGGGGCUUCUACAUGGAAACAAAAGAGGGGUCUAAGAAUGCCCACAAACAUGUGUAUUCCUCUCAGCAGAACAAGACGAAUUUUUCAAAUGACCCGUGCAUGAGCAUGGGGCUGGGCAUGCGGAUGAGCGCACUGAAGAGUAACAAGAACAACCAUGAUAGCGCGUAUUAUCCCAACAUCUUCUGCACCAAGAAGAAGAAGAGUGUCUACCAUAACAAGAAUUACGACGAAGAUGUCAUACCCAUUAUGACCGUCAAUACGUCUUUGUACAGGCACAAUAUGGACAACAAAUACAAUUGCAACAAUACAGCAUUUGAUUACAUUAAGAAUAAGGAUAACACCAUUAAAUUUUUUGCCUCUCCGAAGAAAACAAGGAAGAACAAUUCGGUUAAAAAAUCGGUUAACAAUUCGGAUAAUUUCUAUUUCUUAAAUUCCUCCAUGAUAAAUUCGGACAACAUUUACAAUAACAAUUUGGAUAGCUUUGAUUCUAAGGAUUCGGGGGAUGGUAAUGAUUUCACCUCUGUUCCUGUCUUUCACAAGGAUAAUACAUUCGAUGCUUCAGAUGAUAAGAUGAGAAGCAGAAAUGAACUCGACACAAGAAAUAAUCCCAUGGGUGGCAUGCAAAUGGACAGAUUUGAUAAUGCCUCGGAGAACUUGUGCGAAAAUCUGCGAAUGAAGGAGCACACCACUCACAUGAGUAAUAACAAUAUAUACGAAUUUAAGGGCACCAAAAAUGCCUAUGACUUUAGGAAGAAUGACAAUGAUGGGGAUGCGAAUGGAAAUCGAAAUGGGAAUGGGAAUGGGAAUGCAAAUAGCACUAGCAUGGGCUACAUGACAAGGGAUAAUGAGAACUACUCAAGCAAAGGUGGAAGUUUCUGCUACAGAGGAGGGGGAGCAGGAGGAGGAGGAGGACCUACUAAUGACUACAUGCAGCCCUUUCACAUGAGCAUGGCGGACAAGUAUGGAAACGCGAAUAACAAUGUGAAUAUGAACAUAUUUAGCAAUAUACGAAUGUACGAGCAGAAUUUUAACAAGAGCGGGGAUCAUGGGGACAGCACGAACAGCCUCAGUAGAGAUUACGACAUGGACAACCAUGGCGGUAGCUGCAUGGGAAAGGGGCCCUUCACCAAGAGUAGCUUCGUCGAUAGAAGCCAUUACGACAUGGAGCAAACGAGUUUUUCCUCCAACAACUUCGGCCAUUUUUCAACCAGGGAAAUGGCCAAAAAUGAACUGCAGUACGGCAGCAUCUUCCGCACCGGUCUGUCCAAGCCAAACUUUGCGGAACAAAAGCAAAAUGAGAGUCAAAGUCAAAAAGAGACUCAAAGUCAAAAAGAGAGUCAAAGUCAGAACAAAACGAAAUUCCCCAUUGAGGUAAGCGAAAGGUACCCCAUCAAAUACAAGGGGACAAACGCCGAGUACAGUGACAGCCAUGGAGACAAUAGCGGCAGAAACCGCCACAACAAUCGCAAUGACGAUGCGGUGACCCGGGACAAUUGCAACUAUUUCGAGUGUAAGUAUGAAAACAGCUCAAACAAACAUGCUAACGGGAAGAACAGCCAAAUGAUAGCGGACUAUUUUCUCAGCAAGAAUACUGAAAAUUACGACCCGAAGGAAAAAAAGAAAAUAAUAAAUGAGCAGUAUGGCACUGGGGAAUCUCAGAAAAGUAUGAACAUCGCUAAGGCAGACAUGAACGUCCUAAAGAUUACGCAACAAAAUAUCGACAAAAAAUAUAUUCAAGAAAAAAAAAUUAAAAGCAGUAUGUCCUUUUAUACAAGUAAGAAAGACACAGAUAAUUCGACAGCAACUUUUAAUUCGAAAAGGUUAAGCAAUAGCAAUAUUAUUGCUAACCAAAAUAGAAAAAUUAGAAGGUACACCAAUAAGAUGUGUCAGGAUGAUAACACAUCUUUUGACCAUUCAGAAAAUGGCAAAGGAGAGGGUAAUAAGAAAAGAAGUGUAGAAUCUCCUUCAAGCAGAACCAGCGACACUUCGAUGUCUAGUGCUUUCAAAAUGGCUACCUCUGUUUUUAAAAAAUUAUUCUAG